AUGAGACUCCACCAGUGUAUCCCCAGUCUGAAGAAGCCCUACCCUUGUCCUAAAUGUGGAUGCCAUUUUGCUUUUCCUUCUCUGCUGGAGAGUCACUUGUGUGUACACUCUGGAGAACAUCCUUUUGUCUGUACACAAUGUGGGGCACAAUUUUCACAAUGAAAAAACCUCACCCAACACCAAUUCAUCCAUUCACAAGGGGAGAAGCCCUUUCUGUGCCCAGACUGUGGGUGUUGUUUCCGGCAAAGUGGGUCCCUGGCCAUCCACCAAUGCACACAUACAGAGGGAAAACCAUUCUCCUGUCCUGACUGUGGGCACAGCUUUGCCUAUCCCUCUCAGCUUGAUAGCCACCUACGGGUACAUACAGGAGAACGACCCUAUGCCUGUACUCAUUGUGGAGCGAGGUUUUCCCAAAGGAAUAACCUUGUGCAGCACCAGUUCCUCCACACGGGUGAGAAGCCCUAUCCAUGUCCUAACUAUGGGCGAUGUUUCCGCCAGAAUGGAUCCCUAGUGGUCCACUGUCAGGCACACACAGGUAAUAAACUGUACCCCUGUUCUGACUGGGCAGCAAUUCGCUUAUUCCUCCCUCUUGGUGAUCCAUCGGUGGCGAACCCACACAGUCACCAACAUGUGUACUCCGGGGAACGUCCCUACCCCUGUGUUCAGUGUGGGGCACGCUUUGCCCGCCGGGAGAAUCUUGUCCAGCACCAGCUCAUUCACACGGGUGAGAAGCCCUAUUCUUGUCCUGAGUGUGGGGUCUGUUUCACCUAUUCCUCUUUACUAGUCAGCCACCGGAGGAUUCAUUCUGAUGAGCGUCCUUUCCCCUGCACGGAGUGCGGGAAGUGUUUUAAGCGCAAGUACUCUCUUGAAGCACAUAUGUGGAUCCACCAGUCUGGCACUGAGAGGAUGCAGAAUGGGAGAACAGGGGUGUAG